AUGGCUACCUCAAUUAUUCCGAGUGAGCCUCCUACUCACAUCCGAAUACUGACCCUCAAUUGCUGGGGUCUCAAAUACCUUGCCACCUACCGCCAUGAACGACUUUCCGAGAUCGGUCGACAGCUGGCUCUGGCCAGUCCACCCCCCGAGAUCGUCGGUCUGCAGGAAUGCUGGACACAGCAAGACUACGAGAGCAUCCGUGAUCAAACGCGACACAUCCUACCCUAUGGAAAAUUCUAUUACGGAGGUAUAUUCGGUGCGGGGUUGGCGAUUCUGUCAAAGUGGCCAAUCGAAGAGAGCAGCAUGUAUGGAUACCCGCUGAACGGGCGGCCAACAGCCUUCUUCCGUGGCGAUUGGUUCGUGGGCAAAGGUGUAGCCUGUGCCAGAGUACGAUUCGGACCGGGCGCAGCAGAUGUCGCAGAGGUGUUUUGCACUCAUCUGCACGCCCCCUAUGAGCGAGAACCUCACGAUUCGUAUCUCUGUCAUCGCACAGCGCAAGCGUGGGAGAUCUCUAAGCUUAUGCGGGGUGCUGCAGAGCGAGGGCAUCUGGUAAUUGGGCUGGGCGACUUUAACAUGCUGCCUUCUUCCUUUGCACACCGAUUGAUUAGCGCUCAGAGCCCCGUUCGUGACGUUUGGCGCGAAUUGCACCCGGAUUCCUCCCUCGGCGCCGCAAUCAACCCUGUUGAGCAAGCUAGGAAACGUCCAAUUCCAUCUGCAGAGUUCAACCUGCUUGAGAACGGUGCUACGUGCGACGGUGCUUUCAAUACCUGGCGCUGGUCCAAAGAUCGCCAGAAACGACUUGACAAGGGCGAGGAGAUCAUCGUUGACAAGGACGAUGCCGACCCUCGCGCGAAGCGUCUAGACUAUAUCUUCGUUGGUGAUGGAGGAUAUCCCCCUGAGUUCCCUGCCCCCCGUUGGUGCGUUGAAUCGGCAAAGGUCAGCAUGACUGAGCGCCACCCGACCCUCCGCUGCUCUCUGAGUGACCAUUUUGCCGUUGAGGCGGUCAUCACUCGCUCUUCUGGUGCUGCUACUAUCGAAUCCGGAGCUCAAGCUCCAGUUGAACGACUUCAAUCACAGAGCACUCCUUCUCUCCACACAACAGCGUCCAAACAAGUCUCUCCCAAUGCCGCCCUUUCCCCAGACACUUAUGACCACAUCAUCGAGAUGAUCCACACUUACGUGCAGCGAGAACGAUCACAGCGUCGCUGGCGUCUCGCGCAUUUCAUCCUGUCGAUCGUGAUCUCUAUUGGAUGCAUGGUGGGUGUAUGGUGGGUGGGUAGCCGCACGUAUAUCGGCUUUAUUCUUGUCCUGGUCAGCACAUUAAACUUCGGCGCUGGUAUUCUGGAUGGCUUGAUUGGUGGACUCUUCAUGUCGAGCGAACUACGUGCGCUGAAAGAAUUCGAGUGGGAAGUCCAGACUGCAAAGGAUCUGGUUGUGGCUGCUGAAAAACGGCCUGUUUCUAGUGCCGGGGGUUCAGAGAAAAGAGCUUGA